AAGACUUGUUUUUUAUCUUAAUCAAGACUUGUUUUUUCCUUGCCUUUGUGCAAGAACAAAGCAUAUUUUACCUUCUAUAAAGAGUUCUCUCCUUUUUGCUUUCCCUCUCUCUCUCUACUCUCUCUCUCCCUUUUCUGCAGAAACUUUUUCUUGAAGUGGGGACUCUUCGAUUCAUUGACAUUAUUAUGCUUCUUCUCUUCAAAGAAGAAGCUGUUUCAUUUAACUUAUUUUCUGGGCUUCUGCUUUUGUUUAUAUAGUUUCAGUUUUCUUUCUAUAAAUUGAUAUUGUUUUCUUCUUUUUACUGUAGCAGGAAAAAAAAGAAAUUUUAAGGCAAAAAAAAAAAAGAAAAGGAAUCAAGAAAAUGGCAGCAAAGGCAGAUGAACCAGCGCCACAUCAGCCUAAAGAUCAGCUUCCCAAUGUUUAUUACUGCAUUACCAGCCCUCCUCCAUGGCCCGAGGCUAUCCUGCUUGGAUUUCAGCAUUAUUUAGUAAUGCUCGGAACUAUAGUCAUCAUACCCACAGCACUUGUUCCUCAAAUGGGAGGAGGAAAUGAGGAGAAAGCAAAAGUAAUUCAAACAUUACUAUUUGUAGCUGGAUUGAACACACUUUUGCAGACAUGGUUCGGAACAAGAUUACCCGUCGUGAUUGGAGCUUCGUACACCUAUGUGGCCCCCACUAUUUCCAUUAUACUCUCUGGUCGAUGGGACGAUCCCGAUCCUAUCUCGAGGUUCAAGAAGAUAAUGCGGGCCACUCAAGGCGCGCUUAUCGUCGCAUCGACCAUUCAAAUAGUACUAGGUUUCAGUGGCCUUUGGCGUAACAUUGCAAGGUUUCUGAGUCCGAUUUCAGUUGUUCCUUUGGUUGCUCUAGCUGGUUUCGGGCUCUACGAAUUCGCUUUUCCCGGGGUUGCCAAAUGCGUUGAAAUUGGGUUGCCGGAGCUCAUCCUCUUGGUUGUCGUCUCUCAGUAUUUGCCACACCUAAUACGGCCGGGAAAGCACAUCUUCGACCGGUUUGCCGUUUUAAUAACCGUGGUUUUAGUGUGGAUUUAUGCUCAUAUACUCACUGUGGGUGGGGCCUACAACGGAAAAUCGCCCCGGACUCAAGCCAGCUGCAGAACCGAUCGCUCCGGACUAAUCGACGCCGCUCCUUGGAUAAGCGUACCGUAUCCAUUUCAAUGGGGAGCGCCUUCUUUCGAUGCAGGUGAAGCUUUUGCUAUGAUGAUGGCUGCAUUUGUUGCUCUUGUAGAGUCUACUGGUGGAUUGAUUGGUCUUUCGAGAUACGCUAGUGCAACCCCCUUACCACCGUCGAUUCUCAGCCGUGGUGUAGGCUGGCAGGGUGUUGCUAUCUUGCUGUCGGGAUUAUUUGGAACUGCAAACGGAUCGUCCGUAUCUAUUGAGAAUGUUGGCCUAAUAGGACUGACUCGAGUCGGCAGUCGACGGGUAGUCCAGAUAUCUGCCGUAUUCAUGCUUUUCUUUUCCGUCCUCGGUAAAUUCGGAGCAGUUUUUGCUUCGAUUCCCGCACCCAUCGUUGCUGCUUUGUACUGCAUCUUCUUCGCCUACGCCGGUGCCGGCGGCUUCAGUUUCCUUCAGUUCUGCCAAUUAAACAGUUUCCGAAACAAAUUUAUUUUAGCCGUACCGAUAUUUUUGGGCUUAUCGGUGCCUCAGUACUUCAACGAGUACACUGCGAUAAAAGGAUACAGCCCAGUCCACACAUCUGCUAGAUGGUUCAACGACAUAGUAAACGUCCCGUUUUCGUCGGAAGCUUUCAUUGCGGGAGUAUUAGCAUUUUUGUUCGAUAAUACGCUCGAGAAAAAGGAUCCGCAGAUAAGGAAAGACAGAGGCAAACAUUGGUGGGAUAAAUUCAAAACAUUCAAAACCGACACGAGAAGUGAGGAAUUCUACUCACUGCCUUUCAACCUCAACAAGUAUUUUCCGUCCGUCUAAUUUUUCUCGUUUCUGAAAGGAGAUCUUCGGGUUUUUUUAAUUUUAUUUUUGGUCGUUAAGGUUUUUUGUCGGCCUCGAUUCUUGCUCGUUGAUGUAGCUCGAAAAAACAAAAAUACCAAGUAAAUGUUAUAUGUUACCGUUGUUCUUUGACUUGCCCGUUCUGCAAAGUGGCAAUAGAAAUAUAAAUGGCUUCUCAUUUACCAUUUCAAA